UCUCCUACAACAGGUUACCGUCCCAGCUGCUCUGAGUUAAAACAGAGUUAAAACAGCCGUAAGUUUGUAAACAGAAUUAAAACCAAGAAAGACAAUGGCUUCAAAGCCCUUACCUACUCGUUCAACCUUCAUUGAUAAACAUGUAGUUCCUGGUGAUGUGAUUUUGGAUCUUUCUAAGUUGACUGACCAAACCAUUAAGCUGGGUGGCGGCCUCCAACAGGACCAUGACGCUAUAACUGUCGUCAAAGCUGGUAUUUUGAGGUUUUCAAAGCCAAACAAAUACUGGAUUGAAAGCUCACAGAAGAGAUAUAUACCUACCGUGGGGGAUACUGUUCUUGGAAUUGUGGUGGACACAAGAGCGGAUAACUUUUUUGUGGACAUAAAAGGGCCAAUGGUGGCAUUCUUGCCAGUGCUAGCAUUUGAAGGAGGGACUAGGAGAAACAUACCCAAAUUUGAGGUAGGUACUCUAAUUUAUGCCCGUGUAGUCAAGGCCAACCCUGGAAUGAACCCUGAGUUAUCUUGCAUGGAUGCUUCUGGAAAAGCUGGCGAGUUUGGCCUCAUCAAGGAUGGCUACAUGUUUGAAUCGUCAACUGGUUUAUCACGGAUGUUGCUGAGUUCACCAACAUGUCCAGUUCUUGAGGGUCUUGGAAAGAAGCUAGCUUUUGAGAUAGCUGUUGGUUUAAAUGGCCGUGUGUGGGUAAAUGCUGAGCACCAAUCCACAAUCAUUCUUGUUGCAAACGCAAUAAUGAACUCUGAGUCCUUGACUCCAGUGCAGCAAAAGAUCAUGGUGGAGAGGCUACUUGAUAGAGUAAAUUGAACUCGAUUCAGCACUUUGACCAUGUAGCUUCUACCAGCCAAAUGAAUUCAUGUAUAAUGUGAAGCCAAAAGUAAAAUUUAGCUUCUUCCUCCCAAUUCUUCACUCAUGUAACUGCACUGCGGUGAGAUUAUAACCAAAGGGUGUAACUUUAUGAGUAUAAUUCGAUUCGAUGUUUAGAGACGAAUGUCUAUGGUUGUAUUUGUUCUUCAUAUACCAAUACCAAUCUUUUUUCCAUCAUCCAACAGAUAUAAAUGACUUGAAUUUGUGA